AUGACCCCCUCGCCCCAGGUCGCCUUCAAGACGCGCCGGCCCAAGGUAUGGUGGAGCAACGCCGUCUUCUUCGUCGGCGCGCAUAUAGCUGCUCUUGUGGGCAUCUACUACCGCCCCGUCUACGCCGUACCACGCGCGACCCUUGUCCUCGCGUUCGUAUUAUGGCAGCUGGCUGAGUUCGGGAUCACUAUUGGUUACCACCGGCUGUGGUCGCACCGUGCAUUCAGGGCCAAGCCAGGCGUCCGAGUCGUGCUCGCCAUCCUCGGCUCCUCCGCUUUCCAAGGAUCUAUCAAAAGAUUCACAGAUGAUCCAGUACACGACCCAUAUUCCGCAACGCGCGGUCUCCUGUUCUCACAUGUAGGCUGGAUAUUCUUCAAGCCUGUGUACGAAAAGAUGGCGCUGGUCGACAAGGAAGACCUCGAGAACGAUCCAGUCGUCGCAUGGCAGCACAAAUACUUCGUGUUUCUGGCUAUUGGUCUCGGUCUGGGAUUUCCUACGCUCCUCGGUGCUCUAUGGGGCGAUGCCAUGGGCAGCUUCAUCUGGGCGGGAUUGACGGCGAGAAUAUUCGUUUGGCACUGUACAUUCUUCGUGAACUCGUUGGCGCAUUGGGACGGCCUCCAGCCAUAUUCAGACGAGAACACCUCCCGGGGCAACUUCCUUCUCGCUGUCCUAACCGCUGGCGAGGGCAACCACAACUUCCACGCCUUCCCACAUGACUUCCGCUCCGGCCCGUCAUGGCUAGAUUGGGAUCCCUCCAAAUGGAUCAUCCUCGCUCUCCACCGUCUCGGACUCGUGUACAGCCUCCGCACAGCGCGCGGAGACGAUAUCGAAGAUGCGCGGCAGUAUAUGCACGAGAAGAGCCGUGGCGAUCGCCAUCGCCCGCACGACGAAGAGGAAGAGUGGUCGGGCGCAGUGUGGACGAAGGAGAAGGCAGAAGAAUAUGUGGCUGAGAACCCGCAGAGGUGUGUACUGCUGAUAGAAGGGUUUCUGGUAGACGCUACGGCGUAUCUCAAGGAGCACCCCGGCGGCGCGCGUUUAUUGCGCGAGUACUCCUUGCGGCGAGGUACAGAACCAGAAAGGCUUAGUUGGAGGGACGCGAGCUGGGCGUUUGACGGCGGGCUGAAUAACCAUUCGAGAGCGGCGAAGAAGCGGUUGAGGGAGUUCCGGGUUGCUAGACUAGUUUCUGAAGACGCAGUGGUAGAAUAAAGUGUUAUGCUGUACAGGUGUUUCAUACUGCAAUUGGAAAUCAGUAGACAAGUGCGCAAGCACUUCAAGUAUGAACUCUGU